GAGCAGCCGCGGCCACCGAGCGCCGCGCACGCGGCCCAGGCGGGCUGGGCGUACGCCGGCGUGGGCCCGCGCGUGCAGGCGCCCUGGCGCCGCGACGUGGAGGCCGCGCCCGAGCCCGACCCCGCCAGGCACGGCCGGUGGCCCGCGAGCGCCGCACACCACAAGGACGCGCUGCUGAAGGCCUGCUGGCGGGAGCCGCACUCGACGUCCUGUUCGACCACGGACAUAGGAGAGGUCUCGCUGCACUCCGGCGGCACCGCCGCCUUCGGCCGCGGCGCGCGCUCCCCCAGCUCCUCCUGCUCGGACCGCCAGGGCGACGCGUGGCCGGGCGGGGCGUUCGCGAUGGCGGCCGAGCAUGGCGUGCCCGACCUCGCCGACUUAAUGGUCCUCGCGCGCUUCUCCGUCUGA